AUCGCGUUCUAGCCUCGUAGAGUUUGUUUCUCUUCUUAGAACUUUCAUCCAACAAAGUAUACUUGCCUGGUGCUCGCAAAGAAAAAUGACUUUACUACCACACUCGCUGCUUUUUACGGCCUCCGCCGUUAUCCUGGCAUUGCCGGGUAUGGUAUCAGGGCUUCCCACAGGCCUCCAGAACGUCCUCGAUAAUACCCAUCGAAGUCAGGAGUACGGAUAUCCUACGGACUUUACCAGAGGCAUCGUACCUAUCCCAGUUCACUCUCACAAUGAUUAUUGGAGAGAUGUACCUUUCUACACUGCUCUUUCACAAGGAUGCAUCUCAACGGAAGCAGAUGUCUGGCUGUACAACGGUACGCUCUAUGUCGGCCAUGACACGUCUUCCCUGACAGAAGAGAGAACUCUGGAAUCAUUGUAUAUUAAUCCAAUCCUCGACGUUCUCAAACGCCAGAAUCCUCGAUCGCGUUUUGUGACAUCUCCCACCAACAAUGGCGUGUUCGACACUUCAGUCUCCCAGACGCUUUACUUGUUCAUUGAUGCAAAGACCAAUGGACAUGAGACCUUCAAGGCUGUGAUUGAUGCCUUGAAACCGCUGCGUGAACAUGGUUAUUUGACAACUCUGAAGAAUAACAAGACCAUCACCAACGGGCCCAUUACCGUGAUCGGCACAGGCAACACACCCUAUGAUAUGGUUGCGCCUGUUGCAAAUCGGGACUACUUCUUUGAUGCUCACCUCGAGUCCUUGAACGAGCCUGAGAAUGCCGGCAUCACAGACCUGAUCUCUCCCAUCGCGUCUACAAGCUUUGCGCAUGCCGUUGGCACAGUCUCGGAGGGUGAUUCUGAAGCUAUAUUGACAGAAAAGCAGCUCAGCACUCUCCGCUCGCAAAUCGCGACCGCAAAGGAAAGGGGCAUUGGAGCCAGAUAUUGGGAGACGCCCAGCUACCCCAUCAGGACCCGUAAUUCGGUCUGGAGAACUCUGCUUAAGGAGGGUGUUGCGCUCCUGAAUGCCGAUGACCUUGAGGCUGCAGCCAGUUAUUUUUGAACAUUAUGAUGAGAUUUACUGUCAAGUGUCAAUAACUCCAGCACGUUUGCCUGCAUUUGGCGUAAUUGCAUUUUGCCCACCGAUCACUGCUGUGUCAUGAAUAGAGUGAGCCUUCCAAAGGCGCACUAAUUGGAAUUUUGUCAUAUAAGGUAGUAAU